AUGUCCGGCCUCGAAAUCAUCGGCAUAGCAGCCAGCAUCCUGCAAAUCGCCGACCUCGGCGCCACCGUCUCCGUCAAGCUGUGCACCUUCUACCGCCAGCUCAAAUCCGCCGACCAAUCGGCGCACAGCCUCUCGAGCGAGGUCGCGCUCACCUGUAGCAUUCUCCGCCAACUAGGCGAGAAUCUCAAGCAGGACGAGCAGACGCGGCUGUAUUCUGCGCAGGCGUUCGACACCGCGCAGGAGGUGCUGCGCGAGUGCGAGAAGGUGUUUAGGCGGAUUAGUGCGGCGGUGGAUGAGUCGCGGGCGGACGCGACGAAGAAUGCGAUUCAGCGGGCGGCGAGACGGUUGGGGUUUGUGUUGAUGGAGAGGGAGCUGGAUUUGUUGAGGGGGAAUUUGGAGAGGUUGAAGUCGACCAUGUUGCUUCUGUUGAAUGUGAUUAUGUAUGCGGGGCAGUUGCGCAGUCGGGCGGAAUCGUCUGUUCUCAAGGAGCAGAGGGGCUUGAUUCAGGUGCUGGUGGAGGAGAAGAAGGCGAGCGAGGCGCGAUUCGACCAGUUGGUCAAGGCUCUUGAGUCCGUGGAUGUCAACUCUCACGGAUCAGCUGGGCAAGACACGCUCCCUCCGUACGAGUCCCUGGCACAGGAGGACGCAUUACGUGAACUCCGGACAUAUCACCAGCUCGUCAAGCAGUUGCUCCAAGAAGUGGAUGCGUGCAGGUCGGGCAUCGAGCGGAGCCGUCAUUUGAGAAUCAGGAACGGAGUGGUCAAGCUGCAUGCAGCCGAGGUUGAGGAGUUUCGACGCGUCCACGGGGAGAUUGUUACUCGACUAUUCGAGGAUCCACUGUUUAGUCUUUCUCCGGAGACGGAGGUCGAGACGCAAACUCAAGAGGACGACAAGACUGAGGCUGAAAGGCCACAACCCAAAGAAGCCAUAGCGAAAAGAAGACGAGUCGCCGAGUUUACACGCCACACGAAUUUCCCUCCCGAGGCAUAUGAGAGAGAUCGUCUGCCUUUAGAGCCAUCGGACUUUAACCCUUACGCUGGUCAGAUCGAGCACUCUGCUCCUUCGAUGGAAAUGGUCAAUGAGAGAAUCAAUGCGUAUCGUGCACGUGGCAGAGCUUUCUGCGACUACGAAGGAACUACUGAGCACGUCCGUCCCCGUAUCGGUUCCAAUAUGGCUUCUGUUCGUGCUCCGUCGGAAGGCCAGUCGAAUACCAGAGCAAUCGGGAGGCAGAUCAACCACAUUGCUCAGCAACAACAGGCUCCUCCCAGGAGCGAGAUAACGCCAUCGGAGAGAUACAUGUUCGAGGUUGAUGCUAUCACAGUUCCUGCUACGAAGACAGAAGAAGUCAGGAAAACAGUUGACGCGGUGGACGACUUGCUUCUGCAAUGGACAACAUUAGGGCAGAAUGACCUCUUGGCAUGA